AUGUCGACAGAAGGAUCAUUCUCUGCUCCCCCGCAGGUCCAUACCUUUGAUGGAGUUCUCUCCGACUUUGACGGCACCAUUGUUGACUCCACAGAUGCAAUCAUCAAGCACUGGCACAAGAUUGGUGCUGAGCUUGGUGUUGAUCCCGAGACUAUCCUUGCUACAUCCCAUGGACGGAGAAGCAUUGAUACAUUGAAGCUUUACGAUGAGAGCAAGGCUAAUUGGGAGUAUGUCAAAUACGUGGAAGGCCGCAUCCCCAUCGAAUUCGGCUCCGACGCCGUCGAGAUCCCCGGUGCCAGGGACUUUCUCGAUGCCCUGGACGAGGCCGGUGGACGAUGGGGCGUGGUGACCUCCGGCACGAUGCCACUGGUCAAUGGCUGGCUGGAUGUUCUGAACCUCACCCACCCCAAGAACCUUAUCAGCGCAGAGGACGUUGAGCAGGGCAAGCCCGACCCGCGGUGCUACCUGCUGGGCCGUUCGCAGAUCGGCUGCGACCAGAACACCAACUCGAUCAUUGUGCUCGAGGAUGCGCCGUCUGGAAUCAAGGCUGGCAAGGCGGCUGGGUUCAAAGUGCUUGCGCUCACGACGACCCACAAGCUGGCUCAGCUCCAAGAGGCCGGGGCAGACUGGAUUGUCGAAGACCUGAGAAGUAUCUCGGUCAAGGGCGUCGUUAACGGCUCGAUUCAGCUCGAAAUCAGGAAUGCGUUCCAAUAA